AUGGCGACGCCAGAAAUAACUCCUGGAGAGCACGCGAAGCUCCGUCAACUCCACCUUGAUCGAAAGAGGGUAUUAGACCUUGGGUUCCUUCAUGGUGGCACCCCUGUAUCUUCGGCGCAAGAGGACUACGAGGACUUCAUUGAAUACCGCAAGCAAAAGGCACAACCCAUAUCCCAGCCGCCUCCCCCAGUCCCCAUGUUUGUGAUCAUGGUACCGACGCCGAGUACACCGUUCGUGCCGCCAGAAAUGUCCCAGCUCCUAUAUCAUACGUUCUCGAAAACGCAGGACAACUAUAUAAGAGAUAAGCUUGACGAGCUGGCAAAAGAAGGCCGGCUCCUGGAAUCUACCGAUGAUGUAUUCGACUAUCUCGAUGAGCUGGGUCUGGGUAAAGCCUUUUCUGAUUAUUUUGAGAGUAUGCCGCGCGCGGAGCAACGCAAGAUCGUGGAAGAACAUAAACGGAAGUAUCGCGAUUAUCAUGCAAAGCCAGGCCUCGUCACCGCUGCGACCCGUGGCCCGCCCCCUUCUGACAGCGCCUAUGGAAGCAGGGCGAGCGGGCCGUCAGGAAUCGAAAGCCUUCGCCAAGGAGAUGAAGAUUCGGACUGCGUGAACGAUACCUUCGAGAUCUUCUUGAUCAUUGGGGAGAGGGUGCAGCCCCUGCGGGCAAGAUACGACGACCGCAAUUCAGCAAACUUUAUGUGUCUGACAACUGCACGGGAAUUAUUUGGAAUGACAAUGAACCCGGAUCUGGAAAUACCAAUACACUGGCGUCACACGAAGGACGAGCCCCACCUCCACCACACACGGUGCCGACUACGAGGGUUGAUAGAAAAAGAGAACGAGGAUGUAAAUGUCGUUUUCGGCUCUGAGGUGAGCCGUCCUGGGUCGACUAUCGCCACCGAGCCUCCAGCUGUCGAGGAUCCUGAGUUAGAGGCAUGCCGCGCAAGCCUGCGCGCAAAAAAUGCUGCUCUGCUUGUCGAUCAGUUGACGGAACUCGAUAUGCAGAAGCUCCUACAGAAACGAACCGGCAGAUGA